AAGUUGCGUUCUCCACUCGAAGGCGUAAAGAUGAAAGUGUGCACAGUGUUAGCUCUGGUGUUCGUGGCACUCUCGGCAGGGUCUGCAGACAAACCUGGCUUCCUGUUCGAUCGGCGCAAGCCAGAAUCCAAAGGAGUACGCAGAAUCGUCGGUGGAACUAAUGCGAACAUUGUUAACUACCCGUACCAGCUUUCGCUAAUGCGGGAUGGAAGACACUUUUGCGGAUCGUCGAUCAUUGCCACACGAUGGGCACUAUCUGCUGCCCACUGCACCUGGCCGAUACCACCUCCGGGUGCCGUGCGCCUUCUAGGAGGAACAUCAGACAACACGCAAGGCGGUGUGACGUUCGACGUGGAUCAAAUUGUAAACCAUCCAAAUUACGAGGAACAAACGAUACGGAAUGAUGUGUCUGUGCUGCACACCACUUCAGCCAUGAUCGGACGUAACGUAGCUCCGAUUCCACUAGAUUCUACUGGUGCAUUCCACAAACCAGGAACUAGGGCAGUUCUUAGCGGCUGGGGAUUAACGGAAAAUUUGGUUACCACAAAUAUUCUCCAAAGUGUCGAGAUUCCUAUCAUUUCGACCAUAGCUUGUAAACUGUCGUUGUGGCAGGAAAAUGCGAAUAUUUACCCAGAUAUGCUGUGUGCCGGUGAGUUAGGACGUGCCCCAUGUAGCGCCGAUAGUGGCGGUCCUUUGGUAAUUGAUGGCAAGCAAGUUGGAAUAGUAUCGUGGGGAUCCCUGAAGUGUUUGGGAGAACUACCCGAUGUUUUCGCACGUAUUGGUUACCCGACUAUCCGCAGCUUUAUUACAAACAUUACAGGAGUGUAAAAUAGCAGUUCAAGGAAUAUCAGUUGCUUAAUAAAUAUGCUGGUGAAGGAAAGAACCAAUAGUUUGCUCUGUGGAAGACGGUUAUGGGGAUUCCUCUACAAACCAACAAACAAAAGUUUAGUUGCGUAAUGUGCAUAUCAAAAUGCCCACAUAUGUACAUUUCAUUUAGUAGGUGCUUUUCCAAACCAGAAAUGCAAUAUUA